AUGAGGAUGAGUGUGUUCAGUGUGCCGGCAGUUCCCUGCUGCCGUCCCACACAGAUUGCACGGAGUUUCGCGUCCCCCCUGCUUCUCCUCCUCCUCCUCCUCCUGCUCCAGACCGGCACCGGCAGCAGCAGCAGCAUCGGGGCCGUCUCCUCUCCUUUCCAGCUGGCCCCAGACACCCCGGCCCCAGCCGAGCCCACCCCGACCCAAGCCACACCUCGUCCGGACCCCUGCGAAGGCCGACCCUGCCUCAACGGGGGACUCUGCCUGGCCCUCCCCUCCGCCAGCAGGCCAGAGGACACCUGGGAGUAUGUGUGCACAUGCAGCCAGGGCUUCACUGGACGCAACUGUGAGUUUUUCGCAGACCCCUGUGCCAGCAGCCCCUGUCUCCAUGGAAACUGCAGCCGGAGCGACGGUGGGGAGGAGGGGGAGCCGGCCUACACCUGCGAGUGCACCGAAGGCUACGAGGGGGAGAGGUGCGAUCAGAUCCUAUUGGACCUGCCGGCUGCUGACUGGGACCCCGCCACCCCCUCCGCCCCUGAGCUGGCUACACCCGUCGCCUCCACCACGGCGGCCGCCACUCAGCCACCGCAGCCAACCACCAUCCCCUCCACCACCACACCGGCACCUCCCACCCUGCAGCCAUGGCAACCCAAACCUGGCCAGAGGCUGCUGGUGGUGCCGUGGGAGGCAGACAGAGUGACUGAGGGUCUGCACUGUGUGAGUCCUGAGCUGUGCGAGCUGACAUCAGGAACUCUGACUCUGUCUCUGGAGGUGCCCGAAGAGACGGCUGUAAAGGUGGUGGUGAAUGCCAGUGGAGCUCCAGUGCUGUGGCGCGUGAAUGAAGAGGGUUUUCUGCGUUCAUCCAUUUUGAACGGCACUACGAUGUGGUUUCUGCAGGCCGCUGAUGGACUGGUGGUGCCGGACCACUCGCUGCCCCUGGGACAGAACUACUUCCUCAGUGUGAUGCGUGUUGGCGCUCCGACAUCCCCGGAGGUCACCCUACGUCUGAACCUGACGGUGAAGGCCAGCAGCUGCGUGGAGCCUGGCAGCGGCUUCAGUGACCCUCAGUGCUCCGGAAAAGGCAAAUGCAUUACACAGCCCUCGGAGAGCACUUUCUUUUGCGAGUGUGAGGAUGGCUACACUGGGAUUUUUUGUGAGGAGUUUGACGCCUGCCACCACCGACCUUGCCGCAACAAUGGCACCUGCACUGACGUUAGACAGGGAGGUGAAGGACGCAACUUCACCUGCACCUGCCAACCAGGUUAUGAAGGCGAGCGCUGCCAGUUGCUGGUUGACCACUGCCUCUCUCAGCCCUGCAAGAAUGGAGCCACAUGUUUCAGCAGCCUGGCCGGGCCCAGGUGCUACUGUCCCGAAGGUUACCAGGGUGCCACAUGCGAGCAGAAAGUGGACCCGUGCGCCUCCAGCCCCUGUCACAACAACGGGACGUGCUACGCUCAAGGCCCCGGCCCUCUGGGGUUCGGCUGUAGCUGCACAGCCGGCUUCACGGGCCCCACAUGUGCCCAGCUGGUGGACUUCUGUGCCCUGAAUCCCUGCGCUCAUGGAGUCUGCCGCAGUGUGGGCAACAGCUACAGGUGUCUCUGCGUCCCAGGCUACCAUGGCUUGUACUGUGAGGAGGAGUACAAUGAGUGUCUGUCUGCACCCUGCCAGAACUACGCCACCUGCAGGGAUCUCAUCAACGCCUAUGAGUGUGUCUGUACACCACAGUUUGAGGGAAGACACUGUGAAAUCUACAAGGAUCCAUGUCUGAAGAUGCGUUGCCAGAAUGGAGGCCGCUGUGAGAGCGCAGGACUUAAUGCCUCCUGUGCCUGCCCACCUGGGUAUCUGGGGGAGAAGUGCGAGGUCGACAUUAACGAGUGCGAGAGCAACCCCUGUCACCACGGAGGCACCUGCAUUGACCAAUCAAAUGGCUUCACCUGUCACUGUCCACCUGGGUGGGUGGGGCCCAGCUGUGAGAUCCACCUGCAGUGGAAACCAGCACACACUGAGGACACCCUGACCAACAUGCCCCGCCACUCCCUGUACAUCAUCAUCGGAGCUCUGUGCGUGGCCUUCGUCCUCAUGCUCAUCAUCCUCAUUGUGGGCAUCUGUCGCAUCAGCCGCAUCGAGUACCAGGGCUCAUCCCGCCAUGCCUACCAGGAGUUCUACAACUGCCGCAGCAUCGACAGCGAGUUCAGCAAUGCUAUAGCCUCCAUCCGCCACGCCAGAUUCGGGAAGAAGUCCAGGCCCGCCAUGUACGACGCCACUCCCAUCGCCUAUGAAGACUACAGUCCUGAUGACAAGCCGCUGGUUACUCUCAUCAAGACAAAGGAUUUGUAAAACACAGCCAUCAC